GGUGAGGAGAUUAAGAAGAAGAUUGGUGCCUACAAGUACCUCGAGUGCUCGGCCAAGACCAACGAGGGUGUCCGCGAGGUGUUCGAGCAUGCUACACGAGCUGCCCUCCUGUCUCGCCACAAGACCAAGAAGAAGAAGUGCCUCAUCCUCUAA